AUGGAAACGAUAUUCAAACUUUACGUACUUCAAAGCGACAGUUGUGACUUUCUUACGGUUAAUAUUUACAAAGACGAUAAUGAUAAAAAAAAGUACGUCAACUUUGAUGAUGAAAAGACCCACUUAAAUGAACUCAAUAAACUCUACGUUAAGCACCUCAGGGACCAUGUCUGUAGUAUUAAAGAGGUUGGUGAUUCCGACAAAAGCAAUUUGAAACUUUGGAAAGUUAGUGGUGUUACGAUUAAAGAUAUUAAAGAGCAAAAUAUUUCUACCAAAGAAGACGUACAAAAACUUCAAGGAAAAGAUAUGGAACUAGAUCAACGAUUUAGUACAUAUUUUCGAGAUGAAUUAGAUAAAUUAGAUGGUGAUGAAGAUUAUAUACCUGUAAAUUCCAUCAUCACCAUCAUUCCCGAUGGUAACCCACCACUACUAAUACAUGUAGACACGGUUGAUUGGAGUAAUAUUGAUUCAGUUUACAACUGGAUAAAAGAGUUAAAACAACCCAAUGAGAAUCGGAAGCCCAAGUUUGUAAGUUCCUUUGGCGCUGAAUUUCCUUUACAAGGGCGAGACGAAACUUUUCAAAUAUUAAACCUAACGCGAAAUAAGAUUCGUCAAAGACUUGUUUAUAAUGAUGCAAUAAGAUAUGACAAUGAACUCCAUCAUAUUCCCAUCCUGGCUAAUGGGCCAGGCACAGGGAAAAGUCGGUUUCUCCAAGAACUUCUGACUCUCCUAGAACAAUAUCGCAAUGAACAUCUAAGUCAAAUUGAUAAUUUAAAAAUCAAAACAUUAGAUUUUAAACAAUUUAUGGGAAUGUGUGGUAAAAAUGGUAAAGAUUGGAAAACUUUUGAAAUUGAAACUGCGUGUGGUGUUGUUCUUAAGGAUGUUGGUGGAAAUAUAGAUUUUUUUGUCAUUGGCAUUGAUGAGCUAAAUGUCCUGCACAAUCUAGCAAAGGGUGAUCAAAGACCAGUUCGUGACAUCAUACAUGCUGUUGGAAGCUUAAGUUGUAUUACAAAAAAGAUGCUCUAUGUACCAAUCUUGGCUGGAACCAUUCAAGGUCCUCUUGAGAAACUUAUUCAAGAAUCGACAUAUAAACUUCUACGCUUGCCACUUCACCUUCUUUCAAAUGAAGAAGUGAAUGCAAUUAGUGUAUAUUCAAUAAAUACUCAUGAAGAACUGAAGAAUUACAUUAAUAAAAAUAGCAGAAUUGUUCAAUGCUGUAUUAGUGAUCUCAGCGGUCAUGUCAAGGCUUUGGAAUAUUUCUAUAAUUUAUUAUUAAACUUAAUCAAAAAAUAUACACAUACAGUAAAUUAUGUAUUUUUAAUGAAUCUAGUCAAAUUUGAACUUGAGGAAAAAUAUCCAUUUAGAGGUUAUGCAAAAAUUAUGGAACAAGUAGUUGUGCGUGCUAUUCUUAACAUUCCUGUGAAUAAGGAUAAUCCUGUGAAUUAUGUUGAUCUUCCAUCAAAAGAAAUACAAGUUCUCUUAAAAGGUGCAUAUCAUGCUGUUGAUUGCCCUCAUUUAAAUUAUGAGAUUCAGCUACCUACUGUAGACUUAUAUUAUAUCAUACUUAAAUCUCAAUUCCCUGACAAUGUGCAAAUAGAGAACUUAUCACCUGGCAUCAUGUAUAAGAAUGGCAAAGGAGCCCCAUGUGCUGAUCACUUUUUUUUCCUAGAUGAUCUCCUUGUUUUCAUUCAGUAUAAAUCUUUGGAUGCUACAACCACUGGUCAAAGUGGGGUGAUGUGCAAUAUAUUUACAUCAGAGAAAUUUUACGCACACGUCACAUUUCAUAUUGAUUUACUAGUAAUUUCAAUUGAAUCCGAUUAA